AUGAAGGUGCAGGCAGUCGUGCAAGAACCGCCUAAGAAGGAUGUCAGGAAGCCGCGUUCGGAAAAUGUUGGGCUAGAUCAAACAGGCGCAUUCUUCGUCGACCACACAUGCAUCGAUUGCGAUACGUGCCGUUACAUGGCGCCGGACUUUUUCAAGCGAAAGAACAGCCAGUCAGCAGUGCUAGCUCAGCCAGAGACCAAAGAGCAGCGCCUCCAGGCCUUCCAAGCCCUCCUCUCCUGUCCCACGUACUCGAUUCACGUUGCUGACAAGGACCGGGAGGCCCAGCAGGAGGCGGAGGAGAGCUUCCCCCGCAACGUUUACGGACUGGACAACGUGUUCCACUGCGGAUUUCACAGCGAGCUGUCCUUCGGCUGCGCCAGCUACCUGGUGACCAGGCCCGAAGGGAACGUCCUCGUAGACGUGCCCCGCUUCGUGCCCAAGCUGCUCAAGCGCAUCCAGGCGAUGGGUGGCGCCAAGUACAUCUUCCUGACGCAUCGAGAUGAUGUGGCGGAGCACGCCAAGUGGGCCAAGGCGCUCGGUGCGGAGCGCAUCAUGCAUGUCGGGGAGACCAACGCGCAGCAGGGCACAGACCAAGUGGAGGUGAAGCUGGAGGGAGAGGGGCCCUGGCCGCUGCCGGAUGGCAGCGGCGACAUGCAGAUUGUGUUGACUCCAGGGCACACCGAGCACCACUGCUGCCUCGUCUACGAGGCGCAAAAGGUGUUGUUCUCUGGAGAUCACCUGGCAACGGAUUCUGUGGGUGAGUGGACCACUGCCACGUCACCAGACAAAGGCAAGCUGGGCAUCACACGGCGGUUCAACUGGUGGCAGGUCGGCAAGCAGGUGGAGAGCUGCGAGAAGCUGGCGGCCUUCGACUGGGUGCAUGUGCUGCCCGGCCACGGCCGUCCCGGCAGCGUCGACGAUGCGGCCGACCGGAAGCACCAGAUCCAGCUGCUGGUUGAACGCGAAACCGCGCGCGGCCUGGGUCACCUGGAGUUUGACCACAGCGGCAUCAUGCCCGAAUGA